AAGCCAUAUCUAAACAUGAUCCAGAAGCGCAGGCGUUUUCUCUGGGCCAAGGCUCAUUUAAAAUGGACUGUGGCAAAGUGGAAAACUGUUCUGUGGUCAGACGAAUCAAAAUUUGAAGUUCUUUUUGGAAAACUGGGACGCCAUGUCAUCCAGACUAAAGAGGACAAGGACAACCCAAGUUGUUAUCAGCGCUCAGUUCAGAAGCCUGCAUCUCUGAUGGUAUGGGGUUGCAUGAGUGCGUGUGGCAUGGGCAGCUUACACAUCUGGAAAGGCACCAUCAAUGCUGAAAGGUAUAUCCAAGUUCAAGAACAACAUAUGCUCCCAUCCAGACGUCGUCUCUUUCAGGGAAGACCUUGCAUUUUCCAACAUGCCAAUGCCAGAUACUGCAUCAAUUACAACAUCAGGGCUGCGUAGAAGAAGGAUCCGGGUGCUGAAAUGGCCAGCCUGCAGUCCAGAUCUUUCACCCAUAGAAAACAUUUGGCGCAUCAUAAAGAGGAAGAUGCGACAAAGAAGACGCAACUAGAAGCCUGUAUUAGACAAGAAUGGGACAGCAUUCCUAUUCCUAAACUUGAGCAACUUGUCUCCUCAGUCCCCAGACGUUUGCAGACUGUUAUAAAAAGAAGAAAAUAACAUUUGAUAUGUCAUCUAUGUUGUAUUCUGAAUAAAAUAUUGAAAUUUGAAACUUCCACAUCAUUGCAUUCUGUUUUUAUUCACAAUUUGUACAGUGUCCCAACUUUUUUGGAAUCGAGUUUGUAUAUGUACAUUGGGACGCAGGGAUGCAUUCCUUGCUGCCGUAAAGCAAUCCGCACUUUUCGCUGAAUUUCGUACCCGCUCACUCACCAAUCUUGGCUAUACAAGAGCAGCUGUUUGUGAGGGAGCGUGAGAAACAAGCCAAACGAAGCCAUUCGCCUUAUUAGAAGUCAAUGUACCAUCAGAAUGACUUCCAGUUUGAUUGAUUAUACUUCAAGAUGUGGUCUGUUGUAGGAGCUACAUGACUGAUUCAGGGAGGAACCUGUUUUUUGAUGUGCCAAACCGCUUGAAUGAGAUUAGCUUGAUGGAUUUCACAAGACGUUAAUUGCUGGACUGCAGUCAUGUGAAUUACUUUGUUUUUAUGAGCUGUUUGGACUCUCAUUCUGGUGGCGCCCGUUCACUGCAGAGGAUCCAUUGAUGAGCAAGUGAUUUAAUUGUACAUUUCUCUAAAUCUGUUCUGAUGAAGAAGCAGUCUACAUUUUGGAAAACCUGAGAACAUGUCACAUUACAUCACCUUCCAGCUCGCCCCAAAAGCAUGAUGAUGAUUAACACUGAGACUGAAAGAGAGAGAGUAGUGUCACCUCAGAACUGUGAACCCUGAGAGAAAGGCACUUUGUGUGACAUCAGAAGUAUAGCUUCCUCUUCCUACGGCAUCAUCAGGUCUACCGACUUUCAAAAGGCAGUGUUUUAGAGUCUGGACACACACAUCCUCAUAAUCGGUACUGAGAUCAUCAUGGCAGCUGAGGGAAAUCCUGUUUGUGGUGGUGUCAUGUUGCUCCACGCUGAACGUGAAGGGAAACACUCGUAUGAAGUGAAUGGCUUUUUUAACUAUAACAAAGGAAAAUUCGCAAGCAAGGGAGAUAAAGUUCUAAUGAUAAACAACACAGAUGUGGAGAAUUUGACUCCACAGGCAUUUGCUGAGCUGCUGGUUGAAGGGUCCCCCUUACUUAGUAUACAUCAUUCUCCCAAAAAGAAAACCGAAGGUUGUGAAUCUGAGGAAAUCAAUGUGUGUAAAAAGGAGCCGACAGUCAUGAGAUUCAACAUGAUGAUGGUAAGAGAAGAAGAACUGGAAGCCACUGAAGUUCAGCCAUCGCCAGACUUUGAAGACAAGGACAUUGAGGAUGACUGUUUCAGUAGCGACAAUCUUCUGCUUGUCUCCAUGGCUGAGACAAGCUUCAGUGUGGUCGUUGCUCGGGGCUGUGAUCCUGACAGCCCUUGCAACAGCUGUGGAGGGAUGAAUUGCCAGUUUAAUGAUGUUGUUGUCCUGCCUGCGACAGCUGAGAUUACCUUUAGUUCUUCAAGGAUUUUGAUGCGGAUUAAAGAGCAAAAUAAUGUGUUCAUUAAGAGUUUCUUGAUGGAAAAGUAUCUCACCCCAGAGAAGCAGCAUAUGUUUUUGAAAGACACCAUGUCAGCAAAAAUCACCCUCUACUAUUAUACUAUCACCACGGGCUGUGAAGGUGUUCCUGUUGUACUGAACUUCAGUGGCACAGAAAAUUUCUUCUGCUGUACCAACAAGCAAGGUGAAGAUAAGAAGAUGUUGACAGUCAUGAGCCAUAAUAAAAAGGACCUGAAAAAGAUCUGUCCUGAUGACCAAGAAAAAUGGUCCCUUGUAUUUUACAUGUCUUGUGGGCGAGACAAUCUCCGGCGUUUUGAGUCAGCUCUUUACAGAGGCUGGUUUAUCUACACACAAAGCAUAGAUAAUAGAGAAGUGGACAUGCAUAAAGAAGAUCAGUUUGACAGUAAACAAGACAGUGCCUUCUCAUUCAUAAUUCUGAGUGAGAAUGGGUCAUGUUAGAAUUCAAGGUCUUGAUAUGGACAUCACAGCAUUGAGAAGACUUUGUAUAGUAGUGGUAGAUUAUCAUUUAUUAUCUUAGAAGUUAUUACAAGCUAUUUUAAGUAUCAGUUUUAUAUAUCACACUUGUAUAUGACAUUUUAUAACUGGGAAUUUUUCUCAAAUUAACUUACAAUUCCAAAUACUGAUGAUUCAAACCCAACCCCAACAUUAUGAACUGAUCUUUUUGAUUCAAGCCUACUGCUUCAUUAAAAAUGUCAAUAAAUUCUUUGGAUUGGCAUCUUAGAAAGAAGCAAAUUGGUCAAAUUAGUUUGUUAAGAGAAUGUGCUGGAGACUGUUUAGAAGCAUUGGUUAAAGUUGCCACAUGUUUUGGACGAGUUUAAUUGUUAAGGUUGUCCUAGAGGAAGCAGACUCUUCCAAAGAAUGGUGUGUUUUACUGCCAUCGCAGUAGUGAGUAGAUAUGUAUCAUACUAUGAGUUGACGUUGUUGUUUUUUUUGUUGUUGUCUUUUAAACUGAUGUUUGGGUAACACUUGAAGGGGUGUGCGUAGGUCAUGUCAUGAAUAUGAAGGAGGUUUUAUGCAUGUCAUUCUCUCAGUUAUGUCAUUUUUAAUGCAAAGAUGACAUUAUUUGACCUAACCCUACCCCUAACCCUAGCCCAUAACAAAGACAUCUCAAACAAUGUCAUCUUUGCAUUAACUGAGCGAAUGACACUUAAUGACAGUUGUCAUAAACAUGCAUAAAAACCCUUCAUAUUCAUGACAUGUGUCAUGUCAUGAUUAUGAAGGUGUCAUGUCAGUCUUAUGCACACCCCUUCAAGUAAAGUGUAACCGAUGUUUGUAAACCAACACAUGUAAUUCAUAUUUAUUUUUAUUGCUAACUGCUCGUAGUUACUUUUUGUACUGAAAUAUUAUAAUUUUGCAAAAAUUUUGAAAUCUUUUUUUUUAAACACAAUGUGUGUAAUUCCUGUAUUUAUAUCAUCAUUAGUAUAAGAUAAAAGCUACUAACAACUUGCUUUUGCUGCAUAAUUGUAUCAUUUACCAUAUUAACGUGUGUCUAUGUAUUAUGUUUUUUCUAUAAAAUCGCAACAAAAAAACUUAUGAAUCAAGUUCAGUGCUUCAGUAAUUGUUUUAGAUUCAUCCUACAACACAGUUCCAGUGGUACUAUAGUUAUGGUUAUACAUCAUAGUGUGAUGUUUCUUAUGUCACUUAUUAACUGAUGCCUUUAUUCAAAGUUAUGAAAUUAUAGUGAUAAUGUUUUGAAGAGCUUGUAAUUGUGCUUAUAUGUACUUUUGGCAUCAAAUUGGUGGUGUAAGGUUCCAAGAUAUAAUUGAAUUAGACCAAGCUGUAUUAGAGCUGAAUAAGUUACUCAAAAAAUUAAAUCUGUACCGGAGCUUUGAAAAGUGUGUUUUUUUUUUCUUUCUUUCUUUUUGUGACUGUUGGAUUCUUGUCUGACUUGUAAUAAUGUUUUGUAAUUGUGAGUGAACCUGCAUUAACGCAAGACAAACUUCAGACUUUGUCUGACAAUAAAGUUAUAUCAUAUCUUA